UGUCAUUGCUAUAUUUUUUUUUGGCCCCAAAACCCAUAGAAAUUCUCUUCUAGAUUUCCCUGUUGGAUUUCCACCCCACGAACACACAAAAUUCAAAUAUGCCAAUCAAUGUGCACGGUUGGCGCGCUUAUCGAUAGACGGCCACAAAUACAACCCUCGGCAGCGGCGUUCUGUUUCUGUCAAAAUAACAAAGCGCAGCGCACAAAAGAAAAUCCAAAAAGAAAAGAAAAAAACGAACGAGAACCCGAGUAGAAGUGGCAAAGAAGGAGAGAAAAACGCAAAAUACAAAAAGAACACGCGAAAAACAAGAAAGACUAUAUCCAAAGGCAAAGCAUUUAUAAUUUAGCGCUUCUUCGGGCAGCGCGCCAGCCUCCUCCAGCAGUUCGCACGAACCGAAAUAAAUUAAAACAACGAAAAGUUCUUGGAUUACUACUUCGGACUACUCUACUUACGGCUCUACUCUUCUGUUGGUGCCCCCCCGAAAAUAAUACCCAGCGUGAAGCGAAAGCGUAAAAAAUCUUAAAAUGAAAAUCACUGUCACCACCGCCGAUGAUCAGGUCUUCUGUUUGGACGUAUCCGAGGAUCUCGAAUUGGAGAAUCUCAAAGCUCUCUGCUCCAUGGAAAUUGGUGUCGAGAGUGAUCAGAUUUUGGUACUUUUCAAUGGACGCGAAUUGUCGGAUAACAAGCAAACGCUGCAACAAUCCGGCGUAAGGGAUGGCGAUUUUAUUAUGCUGGAACGUCGUAGGGUGAACAGUCAACGUCCAAGUGCAGCCGGCUCUGGCAAUUCAGCGAUUACUAACUUGGAUUUUAGUAGCAUUGCUGUACCGGGCACAAGCAGCGGCGGCAGUCCCACCACCAGAUUGCCAACACCCGGCCAAGCGGCCGCUCCCACGUCCUCACUACUACCACCACAAAACACAAAUACCAAUCCGCUCAAUCAGCAGAGUCUCACCAACAUACCCACAACAGAUGAUUUCAAUGUUAAUUUCGAUGAUGAUCCGGCCGCAGUGCGUCAAUCGUUUCUGUCCAGUCCAGAGACAUUGGCACUGCUUCGUCAAUAUAAUACACGUCUGGCCGAUGCCUUGGACUCCGGUGAUCAGGAAACAUUUGCUCGAGUGCUGCGCGAAAAUAUUGCCGAACGGAAACGUCGCAACGAUCAGCGCAUGCGUAUGCUGACAGCGGAUCCAUUCGAUCAGGAGACACAGCGUCUCAUUGCCGAGGAGAUACAGCAGAAGAACAUACAGGAUAAUAUGGCAGCGGCCAUCGAGUUUAAUCCAGAAAUCUUUGGUACCGUGACGAUGCUGUAUAUCAAUUGCAAGGUGAAUGGAUUUCCUGUUAAAGCAUUUGUGGACUCGGGAGCUCAGACUACCAUCAUGAGCAAGGAUUGCGCCGAAAGAUGCCACGUAAAUCGUUUGAUUGAUACCCGUUGGAAUGGUGUGGCCAAGGGAGUGGGCACUCAGCCCAUUCUCGGCCGCAUUCACAUGGUUCAAUUGCAAAUUGAGAAUGACCAUUUGACCUCAAGUUUCACGGUGCUAGGACAACAGCCAAUGGACAUGCUGCUGGGUCUGGAUAUGCUCAAGCGUCAUCAGUGCCUUAUCGAUUUGCAGCGCAAUUUGUUGAUCAUUGGAACCACUGGGACCACAACACCAUUUCUGCCUGAAAGCGAACUGCCGGCCAGUGCACGUUUGACUGGCAAUUCCGAGGAGCAGGCCGAACAGAAGGCCAUUGACGAUGCCAUUGAGCAGAGCAAACGUGAUGGCAGCAGCGGAGGCAGCAGCAGCAGCAGCGGUGGACCCUCAACUAGUGCCAAUGCCACUGUGAAUGCCAUCCAAGUGACGGAUCGUUUUACCGAACAAGAUGUUACCGAUCUCAUGGCAUUGGGCUAUCCACGCAACGAAGUUCUUACCGUUCUCCGACUCUGCGAUGGCAACAAAUUGGUGGCCAGCUCUCUUUUGGUUAGCCGUCAUGAGGCAGCCGGUGGUCGGCUUAGCUGAACUCGACCAUUAUCAAUUGCAGCACCAUCAAUACCACCACCACCACCACCUUCUCUUUGUUCACUGCUCCACCACAAACACAACCACCACUGGGAUCAAUCAAAAUCAACCAACAUCAUUCUGGUCCAAUAACAACAACAAAAUACAAAUACUCCCAGCUAAAAACAACAACAACAAAAGGGUGGAGAAUCCAACUCUGGCAAAUUUUAUAAUUUAGUCAAAUUUUUUAUAUUAACUAAAUAAGAGCAAACUUUUUAUAAUGUUUAUAAUAUCAUGUAUAAUAAUAGUAAAAUAAGGGGACACAAAAGCAUAGAUCGAAAACGAAGUAAAAGAAAAAAAACAGAGGAAACAGAGAAAGAGAUCAUGUAGGAAAAAAUGAAAAAGGAUAUGGCAAAAUGGAUUUAGUUAUAUAAAGAUAUAUAUACGUACUUGUAUAUGCCUGACUAUAUAACUAAUAUAUAUAUAUAUAAUACGUAGACAUAUAAUUUUGGGGCAAACCCUGCUAAAGAACUUGGAUCUAGUUGUUUAAGUCAGAGUCUGCUAUGGAAUGAAAAAUGGGUUAAUAAAUGAUUAACUAAACUAAGUA